CUUUUCUCACGAAUUUCGAAGCACAAAGAUUUCUACCGUAAAAACUAAUAAGUAAGGUUGCCCUUGACAACGCGCGCGAAAACGUCAGCAGUGAAAAAAAUAACUAUUUUUGGCCGCCGAAUUAAUCAAUUGUAGCAUUGUGUAUAUUUAUAAUCAGUUCGGCCAAAAAAGUGUGGUACAGGACAUCAUGAAACUAGUCAUAACAGAUGUCGCGUGAAACGAAUUUGAUAUGCGCAAUGCAAAUCGUUUAUUUGGGAAAAAUAUAUAAUCUAUAGCGGGCCUACGCUACCUGUUCUAGGGAACCUUUGUAUUAUCCUACCUGCAACAAACAAGGUCGUGCCCUGACAGUCGUUUAAAAGUAAUUGUAGAGUAAUGCGAAAGCUAUUUACGGUUUUUCUUGAGUAUAAUCUUUCCUAAUUAGACGGUUGUGUUUAUUUCUACACAAUACAGCAUGGAAGCCUGGUCAAUAACGUUACUAGUGAUUUUAUGCAUAGUGAUAGCAGUUUUAUGUGUGAAAUAUUACAAUGCAGUUACAAUAGGAUGGAACCACAGUCCAACUUGUUUAGUUGGCAAAACUGUUGUGAUUACUGGAGCAAACAUUGGAAUUGGAUUUUACACAGCCUUGGAUUUUGCAAAACGAGGUGCUCGGGUAAUAUUGGCAUGCAGAAAUAAGUCCAAGGCAGAAAAGGCACAAGCAAAAAUAAUCGAAGAAACUGGGAAUGCAAACGUUAUAGUAAGGAUCGUUGACUUGUCGUCCUUAAAUUCAGUGAGGCAAUUUGCCAAAGAAAUAAAUGAAACCGAAGAGAGAUUAGAUGUACUGGUGAAUAACGCCGGUAUUGGCUGCAUUGAUCACUCGUAUACUGCCGACGGGUUAAGUUUAACAAUGCAAAGUAAUCACUUCGGCCCGUUCUUGUUGACAAUAUUACUUAUAGAUUUAAUGAAAAGAUCUUCACCAAGUCGAAUAGUCGUCGUAUCAUCCGACCUAGCCACGAUAGGAAGAAUAAACAUAAACGAUUUGAACAGUCCGGUUGGAACGAUAUUUGCAAAAGCCCUCGAUUAUUCCAAUACCAAACUUUGUAAUCUGCUAUUUACAGUGGAGUUAGCAAAGAAAUUGAAAAAUACCGGAAUUACUGUGAAUGCUGUGCAUCCCGGAGCGGUUCAAACAGAUUUUCUGAAGGAAACUAAAUCAAUUUGGCAGAAAAUGCUGAAGUUAAAUAUGACUUUAUUUUAUAGGUCAACAGAAGCAGGUGCACAGACGUCUAUUUAUGCUGCAACGUCGAAGGACAUUGAGGGAAUUACCGGUUGUUAUUUCAAGGACUGUAAGAGAGUUUCAAUGCCAAGAUCUGCACAGAAUGUAGAGUUGGCUAGGAAGGUUUGGGAAGAAAGUGAACAGUUUGUAAAACUCAGUUUCGAAGAGAAGAAAUGUUUCCAAUUGUAAUGUAAUAUAACUCUUAGAUAUAUAAUAUAACUCUUACAAUAUCUUAGUGAUAUCAACGACGAUGAUUAAAUGUAGUGAAUUCCCUUA